AUGGUGGGAUUUGUUUCGCAUGCGGUGACCACAGUGGCCGAAGGCCGCCUCCCCGAGGGCCCAAGUCAAGAAUUGGCUUUUUUUGGCGGGCAAACGUACGCGGACGAGAGCAAAUUGCUUGCGCUCUGGAGCCGCUGCGACAACCUCAGCAUGCUUUGCUCCUUCGCCACCGCCGCGCUCGCCGCUCUCUCCUCCGCAGAAGAUGGAAGCGAUGCGGUGGCAGGGGCUCGGCCUGCCGCUGGCGCGCCGGCGCCGGAUGCCGACCCGGUCGACACGAGCCUGGUUUGCUGCCUCUGCUUCGAGCUGCUCUACGAGCCCGUGACCCUCGCUUGCCAGCACAGCACCUGCAAGGAGUGCCUGCGCAACCUGCUCCGGGCUGCGGAGGACGACGAGGACCUGCGCUGCCCGACGUGCCGGUCGGAGAUCGACGAGGCCUUUGCGAGCAGCGUCAUGUCCGCGGGCUGCCGGCACAACACCACGCUGCAGAGCCAGUGCGAGAGCCGCCACCCGAGGCCGUCUUGGCUGGCGGCGGUCUCCGCCUCGCUGUGCGUGCUGCUGCAGCUGCAGGCCCUCGCCCUGCCACACUUGCUCGGCGACGAGGCGCUAAGGGCGGCGGGCUCUCUGCACGGCGAGGCGGGGUGGAGGACCAGUGCUGCCAUCUUCCUGCACACGAGCUGGGCGAGCCUUCUGAUGGGGAUGGACCUUGCCGCCCUGCUGCUGACCGUCCACCUCGGCCUCUACCCGGCGGCGAUGCGGGCCGGCGUGCCGUGGCUGCGCGGCUCGGCCACCUGCUGCGGCGUCGCCGCCGUCGCCGCCGCUCGCGCCUUCGUCUGGGCGGGAGGCCGGCUGGAGGCGUUCCUUCCCGCCGCGGCUCUCGCGGCUGCCGUCGGGCUCCACCACGCCGUCGGCCUCCGCCUCCGCCUCUUUGACCCGGCCAUAGGACCGCAAGUGGCGCUCUGCCUCGCCUCGAGCCUGCUCUGCUGCUCGGUCGCCUACGCGAUGCUCUCCUCCCCGAGCCCCGAGGGGGGGGGGGAGCCGCAGCUCACUUGCGCUCACGACCCGCCCGGCGCCUUCGCCGGCGAGAGCGAGGCGUCUGCGGCGCCUCUCGCGCCGCCGCCGCCGCCGCCGCUCUCGCUGCCGCUUCCUCUCGGCCUCGGCGUGGCGGUGUCGCUCUGCACGCUGCCCAAGUUCGUGCUCGGCCACAGCGACGAGCGGGGCAGCCUGUUGUACCGACAGACGGUGACUGGCCUCGAGCUGAGCAGCGCCGCCUUUGGACUGUGGCACACGGGCGUCUCGUGGCUCCGCUCGCUGCUCUUCGGCUGGGCGCUCGUCUGUCUCGUCUCGUCGUACACCGACUGGCGAUCUUCUCGCCACUUUGGGUACCUCGCGUUUUGGCGGCCGGGCGACCCGCAGCCGCGGCUGAUGAGCGCGAUGUACUCCGCGCCGGUGACGGUACUUGUGCUGGCAGCCUACCUCAUCCUCGGCCGCGCCCUCG